AUGCCAUGCGAGGGCGGCGUUGGGCUUCACAUUCCCAUGGAGCGUGCGGAGGUCCUUUGCGCCGUUGGCACCGGUCUUGUGCGGCCGUGGGAGAGGCGAAUUGUUUGCUACGCACUGAAGCACGUCUCUGCUGCCGCAGAAGCCGCCUUACCGUCCACCGAAUCGCAUGGGAGCAGCGACGGAAGCGGCAGCGACGAGAACACGGAGGGAAGAAAUGCCUCCAUGGAGGAAAUUUCCGCUGCGGGUCCCAACAAACAGGAAGAGCAAAAAAGGCAGCGGCGAGAGGAAACAGGGGGCGGUGAAGGUGUGGGCAGCCACCUUUGGUCCAUGUUCUUUGGGGCAUCGAAGAACACAUCGGCAGAUGCGACGAAUGAAGAAGACUGCAAUGCAGACUUUUCUCAUUAUUCAGGACCGCAGUUUUAUCUCCUCAUGGAGAUGGUGCAGGACGCCAUGAUAGUGGCGAAAGAGACCAGCCAAUCGCCUGCAUCUGUUACAACUUCCACAUGUACUUUUUCGCGACGGAUGAGCUGGAAUUUUGAUCUUUUGACGGCUUUAUUAAAUUUGCUGAUAUUUCACGGCAAUGUGCCGGCUGUGGGCCGAUUUCUGAGUGUAAUUCUUAGCAGUUACGUCAUGGCUCUCUUAUUUCACCGGUGUUGUCAUGACCGUAACGGCGGCGGCAUCGUACGAGUGCAGGCUGUCCGAGAAGAAGACG